ACUCAACUUGCUGUCAACCCGGAAAGAGGCUGCGCUCGCGGCACAGUCGGCGCGGAGCUUUCAUCUGUUUUCGCGGAUAAAUGAACGCACGUUGUGCGUGUAUUGUGUUCUGAGGGAGCGCUGAAAAACACGCACACACACACAGCAGAACGCGGAUGAGUCACCAGCCUUUGGGAUUUUGGAAGUGAAAUCUGGGACAUGCCUUACCUGGACAGACAAAAUCGGACCUGUGGAUUCCUGGAUAUUGAGGAAAAUGAGAACAGUGAUAAGUUUUAUCGGCGUUAUUUUAUCUUGGAUACUCGUGAGAAUUUUCUCCUCUGGUAUAUGGACAAUCCACAGAACUUACCUCCGGGAACAAAGUUUGUUGGAAGUUUACGACUCAGUUACAUUUCAAAGGUUAAUGAAGCAUCAGUAAAGCAGAAACCAAAAGCAGAAUUCUGCUUUGUAAUAAAUGCAUUGUCCAGACGGUACUUUCUGCAGGCCAAUGAUGCUAUGGACUUGAAGGAAUGGGUCAUUGCUCUGAAUAAUGCCACCAAAAUUACAGUUCCAAAAGCAUCACCAGUGACCCAAAGCUCUGAUGCCACAAAUGUUUCAAACCCAAGUCAGUCAACAUCUCGACAGGCGUAUAAAACCGAAAUUGUGGGAGGUGUGGUUGUGCACACGCCAGUCCAGCAGAGCGAUAAUGAGGACGUCUUCACGAGUGAACUAGGAUCACACGUCACUUUAAGGAGAUGUCAGAGUGUGCGUCCAAAUGUCAUGAGGUCUGGCUACUGUGUCAAGCAAGGCAAUGUGAGGAAAAGCUGGAAGAGGAGGUUUUUUAUUCUAGAUAACCAAACUGUGAGCUACUAUAAAUCUGAAAUGGAUAAGGAACCAUUACGCAGUAUUCGAUUGCAGGAUGUGCUUAAAGUUAACGAGUGUCUUGUGAAAUCAGGAGAUCUGCUGUCUCGUGAUAACCUUUUUGAAAUCAUCACCAAUACCAGAACCUUCUACAUCCAGACAGACACCCCAGAAGACAUGAAGGGCUGGAUCAAGGAUAUCUCCUCAAAAAUUCAAGACUUUAGAGGGCCAUCUAAGUUGCGCUCUUCCAGCAAAACCUUUUCUGCGCAGCGGAAGCCUCAGCUUGUGAAGUCCUGCUCCACUGCAGAUUCCUGGCAGCCGUGGACCCCGGUGCCCAAUCAGGAGAAGCAUUUGAAGGAAGAGGGUCAGAGAGAAGGGCCGUACAGCUCUCUUCCCUCACUCUCACACAUGGGCCACAUCUUUCAGUCAACGACUCGACAACGACACCAUUCCCAGCCUCAACUCGCUCCCAGCGACACAGACUUUCCCGACAGUCUUGACAAUCUCCGCUCCACUGAUGUUUAGUUGCUUUAAUGGAUACUGCUGGCCAGCACAUGGAUAGUGUUAUGAUUUUAGCUUUUUGAUUGUUGCUUUUCUUGUUCAGUGGUGCGCACACAAGUGUUUCAGUCAUUGCAAUGCUGCUCACUCACUCUAAAGGAAUAGUUCCCAAAUUGUUUACUCAAGCUCCAGCAAGCAAUGUAUGGCAAGAAUUGUGUACCAUUUCUUCAAGCAAUUGUACUUUUGUCUUUUUACAGAAAAAAACAAAACAAAAUACUUUUGGAACAAAAAAAAUGGUUUGGAACUAUAUGUAGAAGAGAAUUGUCAUUUUGGCUGAACUAUUCCUUUAAAAGAAUGUGUCUUUUUAUGUAUGUAGGAAUGUAUAAUGAGGAAGGAUCAUCUGGUGAAAAGACAUUUUAUGUGUUGUAUUGCUUUAGUUCAUUUCCCAAGACAUAAAGUGGGGUCUGAAAGUCGGAGACAACUUCUGAAAUGCUUUUUUUAUAUUAUAUAAUGAUAUUUUCAUCACAAAAAACUGAUGAACAUGUUAUCCAGCAUGAUUUAAGAAUGUCCCAAAGAGCAUCUUGUGCCCGGCAAUGAAUAUUCUGCUUUUACAUCGUAACUUUGUUUUUUUUAAAUAUGAGAUAUUUACAUUUCAAGAUAAAAAAAAAACUCAAUUUUCAAUGUGGUCUCAAAGUUUUGGACCCGCUUGUACACUUGAAAGUAUUGUUGGUACUUGUAGACUUCAGUCAAGGCAUGUGGACUUAUUUUGAAGAAUUUUGUUUUCAAUAUCACUAAUGAAGGCGCUUGAAGGAUUAGGUCAACUUUGACUAGACAUUCUAUAAUGAUUUU